AUGGCACUCCGGCAGCUGGCCCAGCGCUUAGGCCUUGCCCGGGGAGCCGGCCUCCUGCGUCCGUUUAGCACGGCACCGAGCGUUUAUGACAAGAUGGUGCAGCUGACGAUUGUGGAUUACAGCGGCAGGCGGCAUGUGGUGCGGGGCCUGGAAGGGCAGAGUGUGGUAGACGUGAUCGAAGGCCACAUGGAUUCGUUGGGGGAAGAGGCGCUGUGCCUCUCGCCAGAGGGGCGGGACACGCGUGAGACCCACAUCAAGCUGCCCAACGAGCUGCUGGCUGCCUUCCCGCCACACACCGGCGACGAUGCGCGCUUCCUGGCAGAAAUUGCAGAGCCCAAGGCGGUGGAUGCACACUCGCGCCUGGGCAGCAAGGUGACGCUGAGCAAAGAGCUGGACGGCACAGUGCUGGCUUUGGCGCAAGUGUACCCCUGGAAGUCGCUCUGA